ACGAUGUUCGUCACCUCCUCUCUUCUCUUCCUCCUCCACGUAUCAAGCGCCGUCGUUCGGUUCCAGAUGAUCCUGACUUGGAAUCGGAGCUCGAUCACGAGCGUUACCUUGAUUUACCGGCGGAAUCUCCAUCUCCGUCGGAUGAUGAGAACGGCUAAAUCUGGAGGAUUGAUGGUCACCCAGCCAAAUUGUAAGUCUAGUUUUGUAAUUUAUAUAAUCAAGCGGCUCAUGAAAACAAUAUUUACCCUUCUGCGGAAAUUUGAGUCUGUUUAAUCAAUUAUUGUUGAUAUACCAUCUGUAAGUCCUUGUAGCUUCUAAAUCUCUGCUAACUAUUGCUCACUUUCAGACAUUACCUUGUUUCUUCACUGAUUUGUUAGAAGUGAUAUUUUAUGACCGCAGGGAACAAGCUCGAUCAUGAGAUAUUUCCAACGUCAAUCUACUGUUCUUUCUCGUUCAGCGGAUGGUUGUGUUCAAGAUCAUGUGGUGACUCUUUCAACUAGUGAAGGUUGUUCAGAACAGAUAUCAACAGAAACCCAAGCAGUAAUACCUGAGGAAGACACCGGUGUGUCUUAUACUUUGCCUAAUUUUGAAACUCCAGAUAAAGACGUCGAUUUAGUCGCUGUAAAGAGGAAGCUACCGUCGCCUGAAUUUAUGGUUGAAGUUAUUCUUGCUGAUAUAAAUGCAACAAUCCCUAGUUCUGAAACAGCAUCCAGAACACCGGAAGAAACUCCAGCAGCUAAUUCUGCCCCCGUAGACGGCUCUGCAUAAAGCUCAACUUCGAAGCUUGUGCCUUCUCGACACAAGCAAAAGAGAAACUUGAAGCUUCGGGAUGUUUUAGAGUAAUGAGAACUAAGUUUAAAGAACAUACAAAACUUAUUGGGUCUGUUUUUUUUGGUAUCGCAGUACUACAGUCUUCAGUCACUCGCAGACUGUUGUAGUAUGCGGAAACUGCCAGACAAUUCUGUGCCAGCCUAUAGGAGGAAAGGAGAAGCUCACUGAAGGAUGCUCUUUCAGGAGAAAGGGAGAUUGAUUCGAGCAAUCCCCAAAUCAAAUCAAAAGCCUUGUUACUUUUUUUUUUGUUGUUGUUAUGAAUGCUUGUUGGGAUUUUUAUCUAGUUACUACUACUAUUGAUGUCUGGAUUUUAUAAAAAGUUUUGGAUUUUUAAGUUAAUUGUUUGAAGAAUUA